AUGCUGAGUCAUGAUGAGGCUCUUUAUCAAGUAUCAAUAUCAUUAACUAUCGCUGUUAAAAAUUUAAUUAAACAUCUUCGUUUUUCAUCCGUUUCAGAUCUGGCAACAAUCAGGAAGAUUCUCGAGAACGAAACAGGUGGCACAACAUGUCCAAGUUGCAAAAUGCCUUUUGAUAAAGCCAAAAAGAGAAAGCUCAUCGACACUUGCGGACAUGACCGAUGUUAUUCAUGUAUGUUUAAAAACGAGUCAUGUAUGAUUUGUGCCAAUACGCAACGAAAUCAACGUCAGGAAGCUCAGCGUGUAACAUCAACUGAAUUUCAAAGAGGAAGCCUUAGAGCCACAUUUUUAAACGAUUAUGACACUGGUAUUGGCAGUUCGACGACUCUUGGCUCGCCACAACCAAUCUGCCGUUCGCAAGUUAAAACCAACGGAUGUUUUACAAACUACAUGCAGCCAACAGCACAGCAAGCAUUGCAAAGCAAACCACCGAAAUGUCCACAAAACACGCUCUCACACUUGAGAGGACUUGUUGACUUAAGCUCAAAUACAGUGACGACAAAAGCAGAAAUUUGCGCAACACCACCACAAAAUCGAAGACGUUUCUUCAUUCCGAAGCAUCUUCGAAGUCCUUUUGGAAUCUACAAGAAUCGUAACAAUGGAAAUAAUAAUGAACAGAAUUACACAUUCUCGGAUGAUGAAAGUGCCAACGUCAAGACAAGUCAACUUGGCUCUAAAUCGAAGACAGUUCGUGAUGACGAGCUUCAGGUGCGAUUGGGAUUGUUUCUCGAGAAUAAUCACACACAAGGACGAACAAAACAUAAACAGUCGUUGAGCUCACUGGGUUCAAACAACACAAGUCCAUUGUCAACCUUGACCAACUCUUCAGAAGCUGACAUGUCGAGAGGUUCGAUGCAUGAAAAAUCUCAGACAUCAAAGCGAGGCGGAUGUGAAUCAAUUGGUUCACUGCUUUCAGUGUCGAUUUCCGAACACAGCAAUGCAUCGUCAAAUUCACUUGGAAGACGUCAUUCGUUGACAGGAAAUCAAAAUCAAAUUGAUGGAUUGGAUGAGUUGGAGCAAUUUAAAGCACGUAAAGCUCCAGCUCGUCGUUCAGCGCGAUCUAUGCAACUGAGUUCACCGAUUGAUCCGAAAAUUCGUUUUGCACAAUAUCGACAGUCAGCACAAUUGCCACUUAAGCCUUUGUUCUUUGAGGUGCCACAUCAAGAAGCUGAUCCGAUUUUUGUUGGACGACAUUGGUUGGUGCGAGAAAUCUCUAAUGCAAUCACGAUGAAUGAGUGUCGAGGUGUUUUAAUAAAUGGAACACUUGGCACGGGAAAAACAAUGUUCAUGUUACAAAUGGUCGAAUAUUCUUGUUUUGGAAGGAAGAAAGAUUCGAUUAUUCAAGAACAUGAUGGAAUUUACAGUCAAGCGAACCUUCCAAAUGAGAGACUCCGUCAACUUGCUGGUCAUGUUGUCGCUUAUCAUUUUUGUCAGAGUGACAAUAGUCCGACAUGUAACGUUCCUGAUUUCAUACAUUCGCUUGCGGCACAACUCUGUCAAGCGCCUCAACUUGCUGCUUAUAAUGAAUUCCUUCUCAAUGAGCCGCACUUGCAGAAUGUUUUAAGUGUUAAGGAGUGUAUUGCUGACCCUCAACGUGCCUUAAAGAUGGGAAUUUUAGAGCCUCUCGAUAUGCUUAAACGUCAAGGAAAGAUUUUAAGUCGCUAUUGUAUUAUUCUCAUCGAUGCCCUUUGUGAAUCGGAAUAUCAUCGACCUGAUUAUGGCGAUACGAUAACAUCUUUCUUAAGUACAAUGUGUCAUGGUUUUCCUCCGUGGUUGAAGGUCAUCGCUACUGUGCGAUCACAAAUGAUCGACUACACGAACACUUUGCCAUUUACAAAAAUCUCACUCGAUAAUUGGCUCAACGAUGCAAUGCAGAAAGAUAUCUUGGAUUACAUUAUUUUAAGAUUGAAUCAUAGUCCAUCGAUACAAAAUAACAUCAGUAACAUUUCAUCGAGUGGAACGUUUUCAAUGAGUCGUGAAGGAAGCUCUGGAAAGUUUGCGCAACAUCUUUUAUCACUCAGUAAAGGUUCAUUUUUAUUUGCAAAGUUGACACUUGAUUUGAUUGAAAGAGGAAGUUUAGUUAUUAAAUCGAAUAGCUUUAAAGUUCUUCCAGUGACAUUGUCACAAAUCUUUUUGUUAAGCUUCAACUUGCGAUAUCCAACACAAAGUGCAUUUGAAAAAGUUUCAUCGAUUCUUGCUGUUUGCCUUGCGGCACUUCAUCCAUUAACACUCAUCGAAAUCUUUCAUUCAAUCAAUUCACUCGUCACUGAAAUGCCUUUGGAAUGGAAUGAAUUCUUGAAUCGUUUCAAAAUGUUAGCUGGUUUCUUAGUGAAGAGAAUCGACAACACUUACAUGUUCUUUCAUCCAUCAUUCAGAGAGUGGUUAAUAAUGCGACGUGAUGAAAGUGAAAGUUCAAAGUUUUUAUGUGAUCUUCGGACUGGUCAUGCUGCAAUUGCAUUUAGAAUGUCACGUUUACAAGCGCCACUUGAUCCAGAACAGACACAAGAACUUUGUCAUCAUAUUUUGAAAGCUCACAUUUAUCGAACUCCACCUUUGAAUCAAUCGCCACGUGAUCUUCAAGCUUAUUGGGUCACAAGCUCAUCAAAAUGUGUCUCAUCAACAUUAUGUGCUUUGAGAAAUGUCUACAAUCCGAAUUUAAAAGUUUCAAGACUUUUACUUCUCGCUGGGGCUAAUCCCGAUCACAAUACAAACUUCUUCGGCGACGCUCCAUUACUUUGUAUAGCAGCACAUGAAGGAAUUCUUGGCAUGGUGAAUCUCUUACUUGAAUUUGGUGCUGAUGUUGAGAAGACAAACAAUCAAGGAUUUACUCCAUUGAUUCUAGCAUCGAUCAAAGGUCAUUAUGAGAUUGUUCAACAAUUGGUUGCUUCGGGAAGUUCACUUGGACAGACUGAUGUGCAGAAACGAUGUGCUUUAGUGCAUGCAGCAUUAAAUGGUCAUAAUCACAUUGUUAAAUAUAUCUUGGCAUGUGAUUGGACAUUACAUGAAACAAGAAAAGAUUUAACGUUAAUGAAUAGUUCAAAGCAAGCUUUAGUUGCUGCCGCUGGUCGUGGCCAUACAUCGAUUGUUGAAGAUUUAUUAAUGACACUUCCCGACUUGAAUGUUGAUUCUGUUGAUUACAUCACUGGUGAAAGUUCACUAACAAUAUCAGCUUCGAAUGGUCACACAGACACGGUGUCAAUUCUUUUAUCACGUGGUGCAAGUCACGAUGAUAAGAAUCGAAAAGGAAUGUCAGCACUUUUACUUGCUGUUAAAGAAGGUCAUUGGAAUAUUGUUGAAAGAUUAAUUCAAUGUGGAGCUGCUCUUGAACAGAAAGAUAACAGUGAUCGUAAUUCUUUGAUGAUCUCAGCUGAAGAAGGUCAUGUCGGAAUCAUGGAACUUCUACUUAAUAAAGGCGCUAGUCACAGUGUCGUUGAUAAAGAUGGUUUGAGUCCAUUAAGUUGGGCAUGUUUGAGAGGCAAACAUUUAGCGGCGAAAAGUCUUCUUGAACAUAAUGCAGAUAUUCAUCAUCAAGAUAAUCAUCAACGAACUCCACUUGACUUAGCUGCUUAUCAGGGAACUGGCGAACUUGUUCAAUUAUUACUUGAGAAUGGAGCACAACUUGAGCAUGUUGAUGAGAAAGGAAUGCGACCAAUUGAUCGAGCUAUUGCUUGUCGUAAUAUUAAAGUAGUGCAAGUCUUUUUGAAACAUGGAGCAAAGCUUGGAAGUUCAACUUGGAUUUUAUCACAAAGUAAACCCGAAAUAAUGAUUGUUUUACUCAAUAAAUUACUGGAAGAUGGCAAUGUUUUAUAUCGAAAGAAUCGUCUCCAAGACGCCAGUCAUCGAUAUCAAUAUGCGUUGAAGAAAAUUCCGACUGAAGUAACGCCACAAGAAGAAGGCGACGAAGAUGACGGACACAUUGCAACUUAUCAACAAUUGAAGUUUAAUUUCCUGAUUAAUUUAUCGAGAUGCAAACGGAAGAUGAAUGAAAUUUCUGAAUCAAUUGAUUUGGCAUCAUCGGCGAUUGAUAUUAAGCCGAAUAAUUAUGACGGAUAUUACGCCCGCGCAAAAGCACUGAUGGAAGCGAAUAAUGUUGAAGAUGCUCUCACCGACACUAAACUGGCUUUAGAUAAAGUGAAACUUCAGCAAAAAUAUCAGAAAAUUCCGAUGGAGGUAAAGGAAACUCUCAACAGACUAUCAGAUGAAUUGAGUAAGCGUGUGACUUCAAAUGGUUAUCAUGCAUUUCUUGAAAGAGCUUCUCAACUUCAAAAGGAGACAACUGACUUGUGAAGUGCUUCAAAAAUAAUUUUAAAUAAACUUAUAGUUGAUAUCUUGUGCAAUACAUAAAGAAACGAUAUUGUCGAUGACAAUAAUCUUGACAAUAAUGAUGAUGCACUAAAAGAUUAAAUUAAUGUAAUUAAUGAUGACGAUGAUUGAUCUUUUAAUUAAUUUUCUUAUCUUUUGAAAAUAUUAUAUUACAUUUUAUUAUUAUAAUUCUUAUUUGUGGACAUUUUUCUUUUAAUUAUCUACUUAUGUAAAUAAAUGAAUUAAAAUAUUUUAAAUAUAUAGAAGAAGUUUUUUAUAAUGUCUGUUUUAGAUAUGAAAUCCAGAAGAAUCUAUGAAAAAAUGUGGAUUUAUGUGGUUUAAAAAUUGAAUUAUAAGUCAU